GGCGGGGCGGCCAUGGCGGCGGCGCGGCGGGUGCAGCUCCGGGGGCCGCUGCUGCUGCUGCUGCUGGUGCUGCUGCUGCUGCUCGGCGCGGCGGGGCCCGGCGCUGAGGCGGCGCGGAGCCGCGGGGCUGACCGCCAGAACAGCCUCCGCCGCGCCGCCAGCGGCCUCUACCAGGGCGUCAGCGGCCUCUUCGGCGAGGACAACGUGAGGGCCCUGCAGAAGUUUUUCUCAAGGUUGACAGAGAGGUUUGUGAAUGGGGUGGAUGUAUUAAUGGACACAUUCUGGAGAAUAUGGACUGAUUUGUUAGAUGUUCUUGGAAUUGAUGCCUCCAACCUGACUCAUUAUUUCAGCCCAGCAGCGAUUGCCAACAACCCCACCCGCGCCCUCCUGCUGAUCGGUGCCAUUUUACUGGCCUAUUGGUUUUUAUCUCUCUUCCUCGGAUUCUUCUUCUAUCUCCUGCACAUGCUGUUUGGCCGCUUCUUCUGGAUCGCCAGGGUGGCCCUGUUCACGCUGUCCUGUGUGUACAUCCUGCAGAAGUACGAGGGUGACCCGGAGCACGCCGUGCUGCCCCUCUGCUUCGUCGUGGCCGUCUACUUCAUGACGGGGCCGGUUGGGUUUUACUGGAGGAGAAACAGCAACAGCAGCCUGGAGGAGAAGAUGGAUCACCUGGAUAGUCAGAUCAGACUGCUGAACAUCCGCCUUUCCAGGGUGAUCGAGAACCUGGACAGGGGCAGCGAGCAAUGAGCCGGCCCCUACUGACCACUGUACACCAGCUCCGGGAAAUUCCUAAGCACUGUCUCACCCGAAGUUACAAAGCAACAAAACAUCACAUGGUAAAAAGUGUGCAAAAGUUAUAACUUUUCAUCGUGUCUGAGACUAAUUUAUCUAGGUUAAACACGUUAGACUUCUAGGAGAAAGAAAAAACAUUUACAAAAUUCAGCUGUAUAUUCCGAGUUUUAUCCAGUACUAGAGUUUUCUCAGUAGAUAAACGCUUACUUUUACAAGCAUUUAAAAACAUCUUUUGUAAAGUUUUUAUAAAAGCAAAUUGAGUAGUCUUUCAGAUAUUGAAAUUGAGUUAAACGUAUGCAAAUUUGAAACUUUAACAGUUAAAAAGAAAAAAAAAAUUUCAAGCUACCAAGCACUUCCAUUGAGAAGUAACUGCUGUGGGUCCAUAUUUUUUCUUCAGAGUUGUGAAUGUUUUUGUGUUUUUGUUGGCUUAUUUCAUUGCCUUGAAGUUGCCUUUCAUAGAGUAUCAGAUGAGGAAUUUUCUGGUAUCCAGGCCAAAAAAUUCACACCGUAGCUUUUAACAGGAGGUGGGGAAUGAGGGAGAAGGAAGAUCUGAAGUCCUUAAAUGCCAGUCCAGUGUGAGGAAGCGCACGUGUGGCAUUUUACCAUUGCAUUUCAUCCCAAGAACUUUAAUUUGUUAGUGUCUGGAAGGAAAUCUGCUUAAUAAAUUGGCACAGAAGGAAGAUGUAGCGCGACAAAUUGUAAUUCAUAUUCGAUCUGCACAGUGAAGCAUUUUCCAAGCUUAAGUGCAUAGACUAAAACAUGAUUUUUAACCUCAGGACCCACAUACUUUCUCAGAAAAGGCAGCAGUUAAAACACGUGCUAAUGUAUUGUUGCUUAAAGCUUUCUCAGGACCAAUAAGCGGCAAUAAAUUAUCUUCAGGAAGAUCUGGAUUUUUUUCUAAAAUUAUAAUAGUUUUAUAGGAGCUUUUUGCUUGAAGUCUGUGUCCUCAUUAGGUUUUGGGCAAAACGAGUCACCUUUCAGAGGAGGGUGCAGGAAACGGUUCUCUUUCAAAGCAGUGGAGCUUUGAAGCAAUUUUAUUUUGCAGGAUUUCUGUUUGUAUUAGAGCUAACGGGCUUGGUAGGGUAUCACUGGCUGUGCUGGUUUACUGAAACAGUGAAACAAAGGUAAGCUCAGGGAAGGAAGCCUGGAAUGUGGUUUCACCUGGAAACAGCAGCAUCCAAGGACACAGAUGUGUGGAGGGAGGGGAAGCAUCUACCCCGUAGUGAUGAGCACAGUUCUGAUAGCACGAGGGGUAGGAUGGAGCACAGCUGGACCAUUCCAUAUUCCAUAGGGUCCAAACGAACAACUACAUCAAAAAGCGCAACAAAAUUGGUCUGUGAUGGGGCCUGGCUACAAAGCAAGGGAAGAGGAGGAGGAGGAGGAGGAGGCUCCCCAGGUGUGCCUGCCAGUGCCAGGUCAGUGGGACAGGCUGGGGCAGCUGAGCACAGCUUGUUCUUCCACUGGGCAAAGCUGUUGUUGGAUGUGAUGCUUAACUGAAUGUAACUGUGGGGCAAAUUGAUUUUUUCUCUUUUUGCUGAAAGUUUAAUGUUCUUCUUGAAAUGUAUGUGUUACUUGCCUAACCUCUUUGGGUCUGUGUGUGACAUUUCCAUUGGGGUUAUUUUUAAAUCCAUGUUAAUGGCCUUUACUCCUGGUGAUCACUUUGGUUCAACACGGUUGAAGUUCAUAUGCACUUGGCACGGUUGGAAUGCAUUUUAAUUUUUUAUGUCACCUGUAAAUCCCCCUUGUUUAUUAACAAGUACAUGGUUUAGAGUUGUUAAAUAACUGGUUAUCACAACUUAAAAUCUUUCCUGUGAACAAAUAGGGACUAUGGCAACAUUUCAGCUUUGUCAAGCUGAAAAUAUCAAUUACAGUAAAUUCCUUUUUCCAGCUCAUUUUCCAUAGUAUUACGGAGUCUUCCCUGUAAACUCAGUUCUCCCUGCUGUUGUGCACAGAGGACUGGGCUAAAACACCAACCUGGAAAUUAGGAAUUGACUAGUAAAGCUUGUCAGGUCUUGAUGUGUUUUGUCAAAUUUGAGACCUGAGGACCAAAGUUUGCAAACCUUGCUCAUGUCAGUGGCUCCAUCACCUUCUUAGGACAAUGUGCAUGGGUCAGUUUGCAUAGAUUGUAUUUUGUGUAAUCCAUAUUUAACGUUGAAGUUAAAAAUACUGAAUCAUUUAUAUAGUAAGAGUUGUCUAUGAUAAAGAUUUCUUUAAAAGUAUUAUAUAAAAGUUAAUUUGGUUUAUAGUUUCUCCCUGUCUCGCUCUAAUCAUUUAUCUUAGUUUUGUAAAACCAGCCCUCCUAUAUGAAUGCUUUUCAUUUCGAUCACCCUGCUUCUUGAAAAAUGGUAUUUUUAUAUUUACUUGCAUCCCAUGUAUAGCAAAAUGUUAUGUGAAAAGCAGUAUAUAUAAAAUUGGGUAUUUUUAAUCAGUAUUUUUCCCAGCACUCAGUUUUCACAUUAGUCAAAUUCAGAAGUAAUGAUUUUUUUAAAGCACAAUCUAAUCUUCAAUAUAUAUAUAUAAAUAUAUAUAUAUAAAUAUAUACUUUAAAAAUGCUCUGUAUUUUUAAACAUGCACUGUAGUGAAAGCGCUUUUGGGGACAUGAAUGUGGUAUUGUAUUUAAUCUCUUUCAACUUUUGUAAAUACCUUUUACAAGUAUUUUCCAUACCGGGCCAUCUAGUUUAUCCAUGGAGGUUUUUUGCUGUUUUUUAGAAACCCGUGCCAGUGGCUGCACUGCUUUUUUGUAUCCCACAGAGCAUCCCAGAGACGGGCAGGGCUCUGUGUCACCUGUGGACAAAGCAGGUGACACCCGCCUGGGGCACUGGGCAACCCUCAGCAGGUGACACCUGCCCCAGGUGGGGGGGGCACUGGACAACCCUCAGCAGGUGGCACCCACCUGGGGCAGAGGUGGCACAGGACAAACCUCGUAGCUCCUGCUUUUUGCUGUGACUUCACGGAGCAGAGGAGCAGCUCUGCCACAGCCCACGGUGUCCUGCUGGGAGCUGCUGCACCUGCAGGGCCCAGGUGACACGGGGACAGCCCUGCACCCGCUCCUGGACCUUCCUGCAGCCUCUGGAGAAGCCAUCACCGUGUGUGUGGCUGGCACAAGAGCUGAGGAUGGGCUUUGGCAUCCCGAGAUCCCCGGGUUUUCACCUGCCUGCUUUUUCCAGCCUUUGGAAUUCCUGCGGUGUUUCCCCAGAGCGGCUCCCCGGGACGCACACGCCUGUGGAUGACCGGUGUGUCCUGUGGAAUGUGGCGCUUCCCCCGUGGUUUUGGGUGUCAGGGUGCAGUGUACAAACCUGGUGUAGCUCAGUGCUGUACUUCUAGCGCGUCCUUCACUUUGUGAUUUGCUUCUCAAGACUCGUUGCAUCGUCGGUGUGGAAAAUAGAACCAGUAUCAACCUUAGCUCUUCGGUGGUGUAGAAGUGUUUCAGUGUGGUUUGCCUCACAUACUGAUCCGUAUUUGGCAGCUAAUGGCGUUAAGUGACCAUGAGUUCUCUUUGUCUGGGUUGGAAAAUAAAGGGUUUUAUUGUAUCCGCAUGUAUUUUAAACUUUUUGGAGAAUUCCAUCGACCUGUGAUGACAGCACAUGUAAAAACCGAUCUUUUCCUUUUAUUCAGAAGUUAUAUUUGCUGUGGUAGCACUUGUUGUUGGCACUGAUGGUAGUGAUUUCACAUCCUGUUUUGUACAUCAGGUUUCAUGAUUACAGUGUUUUAAGUUUGUACAAUUGUUUAUGUAAAAAUGAUUUGGUCUGAAGAGAUGCCGUGUGUUCACUUCUGAUCCUAGACACAUACGAGAUUCUAAUGGUAAUACUGUUAAGUAGUUACAACUGUACCAGACUUAAUUUUUACAGAGCUUUACAUGCCUUUAUUUAUUCCUUUAUCAGACCAUCCAAACCAUGUACUCUGUAGUUCAGUAUUUGUAGACCAGUUUCACAAAUCAACUUAAGGUAUUGUGGCAAAGCUUCGAAUAAAUGUUUACUGAGACUUUGCACUGA